AUGAAAGACACACCUAAGCCUGAACCAACAAAAAUAAAGACUAAGCCAGAACCUGUGAAGGAGAAGGCUAAGCCUGAACCAGCAAAGCAAAAAGCUAAACCAGCUCCUGUGAAGGAGAAAGUUAAGCCAGAACCUGUGAAGGAGAAGGCUAAGGCCGAACCAGCAAAGGAAAAGGCUGAACUAGAACCUGUAAAGGAGAAGGCUAAACCAGAACCUCUGAAGGAGAAAGUUAAGCCAGAACCUGUGAAGGAGAAAGCUAAACCUGAAACUGUGAAGGACAAGGCAAAACUUGAACCUGUAAAGGAAAAGGCUAAACCAGAACCUGUGAAGGAGAAAACUAAACCUGAACCUGUAAAGGACAAGGCAAAACUUGAACCUGUAAAGGAGAAGGCUAAAGCAGAACCUGUGAAGGAGAAAGUUAAGCCAGAACCUGUGAAGGAGAAGGCUAAACCUGAACCUGUGAAGGACAAGGCUAAACUUGAACCUGUGAAGGAGAAGGCUAAAGCAGAACCCACACCUGUAAAGGUGAAGGCAAAGCCAGAACCUGUGAAGGAGAAGGUUCAACCAGAACCUGUGAAGGAGAAGGCUAAACCACAAACUGUGAAGGCUAAACCUGAACCAGAAAAGGAAAAGGCUAAGAUGGAACCUGUGAAGGAGAAAGCUAAGCCACAACAUGUGAAGGAAAAGGCUACACCAGAAGAUGUGAAGGAUACAGCUAAAUCAGAACCUGUGAAGGAAAAGGCUAAACCAGAACCUGUGAAGGAUAAGGCUAAACCAGAACCUGUGAUGGAAAAGGCUAAACCAGAACCUGUGAAGGAUAAGGCUAAACCAGAACCCACACCUGUAAAAGAGAAGGCUAAGCCCAGAGCUGUGAAGGAAAAGGCUAAACCAGAACCUGUGAAGGAAAAGACUAAACCAGAACCUACAUCCACAAAGGAGAAGACUAAGCCUGAACCUGUCAAGCAAAAGGCUAAGUCAGAACUUGUGAAGGAGAAAUCUAAGGCAGAACCUGUAAAAGCUAAGCCAGAAUCUGUGAAGGAAAAGGCUAAACCAGAACCCAAACCUGCAAAAGAGAAAGCUAAGCUUGAACCUGUGAAGGAGAAAGCCAAACCAGAACCUGUAAAAGCUAAGCCUGAACCUGUCAAGGAGAAAGCUAAACCUGAACCUGUGAAGGACAAGGCAAAACUUGAAGCCGUAAAGGAGAAGGCUAAACCAGAACCUGUGAAGGAGAAAGCUAAACCAGCCAAAAAAGUGAAAGAGCCUGAGGAACCAACGGAAAAGGCCAAAGCAGUUCCUGCUGUAAAAGCACCUGAUGUUCCAAAAGAAAAAGCCAAACCUGAAAAGAAAGAGCCCAAGGUCCCAGAGAAGGAAACCAAACCAGCAAAGAAAAAACUUGAGGCACCGAAGGAGAAGGCCAAGCCAACACCAGCAGUAAAAGAACCCAAGGUUCCAGAGGUCAAGGCCAAACCAGGCAAGAAAGAAGCUGAGGUUCCUAAAGAGAAAGCUAAGCCAACAACGCCUGUGAAAGAACCAAAGGGAAAACCACAAAUGCUGCCAAAAAUAGUUCUUCCAGUACCAAAAGCUAGACCAGCACCUGCAACAAUAGAAUCUCUGAAAAACAUCACAAAAACAAUUCCAGUAAAGAAAGAACCUGAACCUCCAAAAGAGAAGGCCAAACCAGCUACAAAAGAGCCUGAACCUCCGGAGGAGAAGGACAAACCAGCUAAGAAAGCAGAACCUGAGGUUCCAAAGGAGAAAACCAAACCAGUCACUAAAGCAGAACCUGAGGUUCCAAAGGAGAAAGCCAAACCAGUCAUUAAAGAACCUGAGGUUCCAAAGGAGAAAGCCAAACUAGUCAUUAAAGAGCCUGAACCUCCAAAAGAGAAGGCCAAACAAGCUAAAGAGUCUGAACCUCCAAAGGAGAAAGCCAAACCAGCUAAGAAAGAACCUGAGGUUCCAAAGGAGAAAGCCAAGCCAUUAAAAGAACCUGAACCUCCAAAGGAGAAGGCCAAACCAGCCCAGAAAGAACCGGAGGUUUCAAAGGAGAAAGCCAAACCAGCCAAGAAAGAACCUGAGGUUCCAAAGGAGAAAGCCAAACCAGUCGUAAAAGAACCUGAGGUUCCAAAGGAGAUACCAAAGCCAUUAAAAGGGCCAGAACCUCCCAAGGAGAAGGCCAAACCAGCCCAGAAAGAGCUUGAACCUCCAAAGGAGAAGGCCAAACCAGCUAAGAAAGAACCUAAACCUCCAAAGGAGAAAGCCAAACCAGCCAAGAAAGCAGAACCUGAAGUUCCUGAGGAGAAAGCUAAACCAGUCGUAAAAGAACCUGAGGUUCCAAAGAAGGAAACUAAGCCCUUAAAAGAGCCUCAACCUUCCAAGGAGAAGGCCAAACCAGCUCCGAAAGAACCUGAGGUUCCAAAGGUGAAAGCCAAGCCAGCUUUAAAAGAGCCUGAACCUCCAAAGGAGAAGGCCAAACCAGCCAGGAAAGAACCCGAGAUUCCAAAGGAGAAAGCCAAACCUGCACCAGGAAAGAAAGAAGCUGAAGUUCCAAAAGUGAGAGCUAAGCCAGAUCCACCAGCGAAAGAACCUGAGUUGCCAAAGGAGAAGGCUAAACCUGCUAAGAAAGACCAAGAAGUUCCAAAGGCGAUAGUCAAGCCUGCCCCAGCAGUAAAAGAACCAGCACCACCCAAGGAGAAGGCCAAACCAGCUAGGAAAGAAGCUGAGGUUUCAAAGGAGAAAAUCAAACCUGCAAAGAAGGAACCCGAGGCUCCAAAGGAAAAAGCAAAACCUGAACCAAGCAAGAAAGAAUUUGAUUCUCUGAAAAAUAUUACAAAAGCAACACCACCAAAGAGAGAACGCAAAGUUAUUAUGGAGAAAGCUAAACCAGCCAAAAAAGAACCAGUGGUGCUGAAAGAAAAACCAAAACAUAUACCAGUGGUUAAAGAAGUGGAGAUUCCAAAGAAGGCUAAACCCACAAAGAAAGAGCCCGAGGCACCAGUAGAAGCUGUUGUACCAGCACUUACAAAGGAAGAACCAGCCACACUAGACGGCCUUGGAGUGGAGGAGGAGGACGACAUCCCUUACUUCCAGUGCUUCUUUGUGGACGAAGACGACACGCACUACCCGUUCUUCCCUUUCUCGCCACCGCAAUUGUGAGACUACCCCAUCCACGGAUGACCAUGGAGGUCUCGGGACUUGUGGAAGUAGCUUGGUGGAGCGUCAAGUCACAUGAUUACCUUUAUCGCUGGACUGGGCUGUGCGAUAGCAACCACUGGUUCGACACGUCUAACACGACGGCUGGUGUCCUUCAGCAAAACUGCUAAUGACAAAUGGUGGUAACAGUUUUGUUUGUAUGCCUCAGUAUGCUUUUAACAGACCACGGAAGCAGGAGAGACCAUCUUUUUCCUUAGUGUUGUAAAGAUCUUAAACAUUAAUUGUUUUAGUAUAUUAGAAAAGCGUUUGUUUAGUUGUUACAGUAGAGGUCAGGAUGUCCUUAAUGUUUAAAUAAAAGCCUUAGCCAUGUCUUACUUGAAUCAUGACAUGUGUCUUGACAAUGGCUAAAUAGUUUCAACGUAAGUCUGCACAUGUAGCUAUAUUAGUUUUUGUGCUGUGCAACAUUUAGUCAUAAAAUGUUUAAGCAAUUUUGAAAACACUAACAAAAGUUGGAAACAUUGAAGUUGAGGGACCUGAACGAGCAGCAAAAGAGCAAAGCUGCGUGAUCCAGGGGCCCCUUUCUGCGUCCACUGCUCAUUCCCGCUCAGACCAGGAGAGGGUGACGCUAUGACUGCGAAAGAGCUACCGUAGGUGUCUAUCGACCACCAUAUUAUUACUACCUGACCACCCCUUUGUGGGUGUAUAUAUAACAGUAUGUCUGUGUCUACACAGAUUAAGAAGUCUUAUGUCAACAUCUAACGAUAGGAUAACUGUCGACAUGCUCCUCAUUUUGAUAGGGUGCUGAUUCAAAGCAUUCCAUUAUAUUAGCUGUCAGAAUGAGGUUUUCUUUUUUUGAUAUUGUUUUUUUUUUUAUUUCCUUUCUUUUGUCCUCACAGAGUUUCAAUCGACUUGAAGUUAUAUUUAACAAAUUCACACGUUUCUGAGGUCAUUGUUUUUCCUUUUUUGUAAACACAAGCAAUGUUUUUUUUUUUUAGUAUAGUAUCUUGAGCCUUUGAAAAUAAGGAGGCAGCAAAACAACUCAUUUCAUCACAUAAUAAUAUCAAGGCCAUAUUUCUGAUCUUGUUGGUUAAGCUGCACAAACUUCCUGUUUCAUGAUUCAUAUUUUUUUUUUUUUCAAAUUGCAACUGAUGCAACAAUUUAAGAAAUCUGAAAUGUAACAGAUAGGACUGAUCUAUUUCUGAAAUGUAACAGACAGGACUGAUCUAUUUCUGAAAUGUAACAGACAGGACUGAUCUAUUUCUGAAAUGUAACAGAUAGGACUGAUCUAUUUCUGAAAUGUAACAGACAGGACUGAUCUAUUUCUUGUAAAAACACUCGAGGAAAUGCGCAGCAUGUGGUGAAACCAGGUCUGGGGGAGUAAAGUCUUUUUUUUCAAACCCACAGACCAAAUGUCAUCUAGAACUAAUAUAAACAUUUUAAAACACAUUAAAACACAUUUUUAAACACAUUAAAACACAUUUUUAAUUGUAAAGUUGCAUAUGUAAGAAAGAAAUAGAAAUACUUAAUUAUGAUAUCAAUAUUUUAUAUAUUAUACUUUUUAUUUUUAUAAUAUCUUAUAAGGAGUCCUGUUCAGAAUAUACUAUUUUGCCUUUUUCCAAGGACAUAUCUCAAAGCUAGAUUUGAUGAUUUUGCUAAUGUUGAGAUUUUAUUAGCCAACAAGAAAAUACUUUCAAUUCAAGUAAUGUUUGGUCUCAAUGGCCUAAUUAUGGAGAUAACCAAUGGGCCUAACAUUGAGAUAUAUAGCCUAUAUUCUUUUUUGCUUUUUUUUGUUUGUUUGUUUUUGUUUUUCAAUGAGAACAAAAGUCAUAAUUAAUUUAAUCCAUCAAAUCUAAGAAGUAUUUAGUUAUUUUCAUUCUUUCUAUUUUACUCUAUUCUACAAAGCAAAUGAGGUGACAAUUAAAUGAGGUCACAUUGUGAGCACAAUAGCGCUUUAUAGAAUUAGAGCAUGAAAUGCGAACUCUGUUCACUCUUCCUGUGUCCCUGUGCCGCACCGUAGCGUAAACCAGUGGCUCCCAAACUUUUCAUGGCAGGUCACCCUUUGACAAUGACAAGAAAUAAUGAAUGAACUACUUUUCAGUUCCAGCCCCUAACCCAACUUGUUAGGUUCCAAACCGAUUUAUUUUUGGUCAAAAUGCUCAACAUCUAAUUAAAAAUAUAAUUCAACAUCUGGACCAUGAACCAGAAUGGAGCCGAUUCUCUGUUGUCGGAAGAGGCCUAUUUGGGAACCACUGAUUUAGACAAUACACUGUCACAGCAUACUGAUGAUGCAGUCAUUUGCUUUUGGUAGUUGCCCACCCAAUAACAACACAGUAUUGUGAGAUUUUAGAGGGCAUGUAGGCAUACAAGGUAUCAAAUAACAGGGACCAUACAGUGAGUGGAUUAGCCUACAUUGAGACAGCCACUUAUGAUAGUGCAAAUCACUGGUCAGGUCAAUUUGACUCUUUAUAUAUAUUUUUUAAAUAUUUUUUUCUUUUUAAAUUCAUUUCUGGUUUUGUAUUCAUUCUUGUAAGGACAUAAUCAUUAAAUGGUGUUUGCCUGGUCAUGACUGCUCAUGUCCAGAGCGAAUGUGUCAUCCUGACACAGCCCAUAUCGACCUGUGCUGUGCGUCCACAAACAAAGGCAAAAACAAACAUGGCUGCUAGCAAAAUAUGACACGGUAAUGCUAACGGUUUGUGGUUUUCAACAGAUUCAGGAUAGCAUUUUGACGGCCGUGACAUGGUGGGCGUACAGGACAUACCAUCACAGUCUAUGUGUAUCUGAGUAUUCCCCUGGCGUGAAACUAGCUAACUUACAUGUCUUUGAUCACUUAAACAUACAGAAUGCAAAAUGCAUUUUGAACUCAUAAAUCAAUGCAAGUGAAACAAAGAGUGCUAGAGAGCUGGAUGUCCAUAUUGUGAAUAUCUGUGCAUAAGCGACACCAAACCGUUGAUGCCAUGAUAAUGUCCUUGUUGUAGCCUCAAUGUUAAUCUUUACAGAUUUUGUUUACACAACUGUAUGAGAAAACGUUCAGACGGAUAUGUUUACACAACUGUAUGAGAAAACGUUCAGACGGAUUUGUUUACAUCGCCUCAACAGAGUAUUUGCUCACAGUAGCCUACUGGAUGAAAUACCGAGAAAAAAUGGUCUGAUGUUAGACUACACUAUCUUGUUGUUAUCAUACGGUUAGACUACACUAUCUUGUUUAUUGUUAUCAUACGGUUAGACUACACUAUCUUGUUUAUUGUUAUCAUACGGUUAGACUACACUAUCUUGUUUAUUGUUAUAACGGUCAUUUACACAUUUUGUGAAUAUCAAAUUAAUGUGAAAUAUGAAAUAUGAAAACAUUAUGGUUGUGAUGUUACAAUAAUGUUUAGUGUUGUUGAUGUAUUAUUAAGACUAAGUGGGGACAGGCCAAGGCCAAGAUCACUCUGUCGAGACAUUAUGUCAUGCAGACACUUGAAGGAUGAGCAUGUUGAUAGCGCUAUACUGAAUGUUGUGCUAACUUUCUGACCAGUGGUCAACUGAAUGGUCUCGUACUAUGUCUGAAAUGUAUGAAAAAAGCAUAUCUUAUGUUGUCAUGGAAAGUCUGAUUAUACAUAGGAGCAUGUUUUUCAACAACCGUGCUUACUUAUUUUAUGGCUUUUGUGCCAGUUUAGACACACUACUGAUGUACGAUUUUAAAUGAUCAUGGCAGGCUACUUGGAGUAUUUGAACAAGUGACCUAACCAACUGCAUGGUGUGAUAAUUUUGUGCUUUUAAACAUGCUAGCCAACUGAGUUAAAGUAUUACUAGAAUCAGGUGUGUUUAAACUGGAGUAAUGUGUAUAAUUACUGUUUGCAGCGACUUACAGAGAAUAAUCCAGGGAUUAGUGUUCAGCAUUUUAAUGAUUCUGAUUCUUGUAUCCUUUUGUGUGAAAUAUUUGCCAUAUUAUAAUAAGAUAUAAUAUUAUAAUAUUUAGAUCCACUGAGAUACUGUACCAUUGGUGCCCAUAGUUUUUCUUUGGGCAUUUAGCUUAGUCAAAAUGUUUUGGCAUUGUACUGUAUGUUGCAUACAAAUUCAGUAUACUCCGAUUGCAACCGUAUGUCUUAGCACAGAGCACUUACAAUAAGGAUGAUUAUUGUACAUCCCUCCUUCAGAUCUUCACAUUUCGGAAGAUCAUUUAGCAAGAUCUCCUUACACGUAAAGAUUGAUUUAUACUGGUGUGAUAGACAGUGCAUGUAGCCUGCAUGUUGCAAUAGCAAGUACAAGAUUUGUGGUAAGGCUUAUGGUCACUUCAAUAAUUGUCCUACAAGUGCCAUACUGUCUAAAUUCAAAUUCAAUCGGGUUUCAUCAGUUGUAAUUAUUGCACUUUAUAUGCCAGCUUGGACCUGCCUGUUUAUAUGCCAGCUUGGACCUGCCUGUUGCAAUGGGGCUAGUUGCCUCCCCACUUCAUGUAAACUCAUGUAUUUUACUCCCCCUUUGAAAAGCAAGAAUCAGAACUUCACAUCAUAUUUAAUACUGAGUAAUGUUGUUGAUUUAACUCAUUAGUAGAGGUAUGGCUAUUUAGAAAUCUGUCAGAUAUGUCUAAUAAACGUCUCUGUAGUGAAAAUGA